CAAUGAGCGAAACUGUGCCAGUUUGGAAGCGUUUCACUCAAAUUAAACCUAUUAGGUUAGGUACCUGUUUCCUAGCUCACAAAUCCAAUGCAAGGGCAUAUCUUGCGGCUGAGCUGCGCUUCUAGAGUCCGUGCGAGACGGCGUCUCUGCGGCUGUAACACGGGUUGUGAUCAUUAUGGAAAUGUAAGAGUUAUGAAGAGGAAUGAUACAGCUGACGCGUCAGAGGAGAGCCGUGUAUAGGGCAUGGAUGCAGCUAGCACCAUCGAGCAUCCGAGUCGAGGAAUGAUGAAGCUAGCCACUUAACCGGAGCUGCCACUGCGUUAGGAAGCCAUAUCUGAUCCCGAGGCUGAUCUUAGACAUAACGUUAUAUUUAUGCAUAAAGCCAUAUCAGUGUUCUAUAAUGGCAGGCGAUGUUUUCUGUUGAGAUUGUCAGGAAAUAAACAGCCAUCCAGUUGUAAUUAGAGGACAAGCGACCAGAUGCAACACGUUGCUGGCUGACUGACAGCUCCUGCGGGUGGCAUUCAUCCGGAUAAAGAUUUAUUCUGUUCAUGGGAUGACGGCGUCCUUUGUGUUCUGCUGCAUCGCCGCUGUGCUGCCUGGCCUCUCCUAUCUCGCUGUAUCUGAUCUCACACUGGCCUCCUGACAUCUGUAAGGCUCAUGCGGCGCUUUGUUUACUGUAAGGUGGUGCUCACCACCUCGCUGGUCUGGGUGCUGGUAGAUGUCUUCCUGCUGCUCUACUUCAGCGAGUGUAACAAAUGUGAUAACCGGAAGGACCACUCACUCCUGCCCGCUCUCCGAGCUGUGAUGUCCCGAACUCAUGAGGGUCCAGGAGAGAUGGGGAAGGCUGUGAUCAUCCCGAAAGAGGACCAAGAGAAGAUGAAGGAACUCUUUAAAAUCAACCAGUUCAACCUGAUGGCCAGUGACAUGAUAGCACUCAACAGAAGUCUGCCUGAUGUGCGAUUGGACGGGUGUAAAACAAAGGUAUACCCCGAUGACCUGCCCAACACCAGCAUUGUGAUUGUUUUCCACAACGAGGCAUGGAGCACUCUCUUGCGUACUGUGCAUAGCGUCAUCAACCGCUCUCCGAGGCACCUGCUGGUGGAAAUCCUACUGGUGGAUGAUGCCAGUGAAAGAGAUUUCCUAAAGAAGAAGCUGGAGGACUAUGUGAAGACACUGGAGGUACCGGUGCGGAUCUUGCGGAUGGAGCAGCGUUCCGGUCUGAUCCGUGCGAGACUGAGAGGAGCAGCUGCUACCAGAGGUCAGGUUAUCACCUUCCUGGAUGCUCACUGUGAGUGCACACUGGGCUGGUUGGAACCAUUGCUCGCCCGCCUUAAAGAAGACAGGAAAGCUGUGGUCUGCCCCAUCAUUGAUGUCAUCAGUGACGAGACUUUUGAGUACAUGGCGGGCUCGGACAUGACAUACGGAGGCUUUAAUUGGAAACUGAACUUCAGGUGGUACCCUGUUCCUCAGAGAGAGAUGGACCGACGCAAAGGAGAUCGCACCUUACCCGUCAGAACUCCCACCAUGGCUGGCGGGUUGUUUUCUAUUGACCGAACCUAUUUUGAGGAGAUUGGCACCUACGAUCCCGGGAUGGACAUAUGGGGAGGAGAGAAUUUAGAAAUAUCUUUCAGGAUCUGGCAGUGUGGUGGCUCUCUGGAGAUCGUCACGUGUUCCCACGUAGGCCAUGUGUUUCGGAAGGCGACACCUUACAGUUUCCCAGGUGGCACUGGCCAAGUGAUCAACAAGAACAACAGACGGCUGGCUGAAGUCUGGAUGGAUGAAUUCAAAGACUUUUUUUACAUCAUAUCACCAGGUGUGGUGCGAGUGGACUACGGAGACAUAUCUGCUCGCAAGGCUCUGAGAGAAGCUCUGCAGUGUAAACCUUUCUCCUGGUAUCUGGAGAACGUCUACCCUGACUCACAGAUACCACGCAGAUACUACUCACUUGGAGAGAUCAGAAACGUGGAGACCAACCAGUGUGUGGACAACAUGGGAAGGAAAGAGAACGAGAAAGUCGGCUUCUUUAACUGCCAUGGGAUGGGUGGGAACCAAGUGUUUUCAUACACAGCAGAUAAAGAAAUCCGUACCGAUGACCUGUGUCUGGAUGUGUCCCGUCUGAAUGGCCCCGUCAUCAUGCUGAAGUGCCAUCACAUGAAAGGCAAUCAGAUGUUUGAGUAUGAUGCUGAGUAUGCUGGCAAGUGGGAAUAUGAUUUUAAGAAGGGCACGUUCCUGCACAUUAUCACACAGUCAUGCCUCACCAUCAGUCGGCUGGAGGAUGGGACGUACGGGCCUACGGUGGAGUACUGUGACAAUAAUCCGCUUCAGUCUUGGGUCCUCAGGAACUAUACCACACUGGAGGUUGUUAGGAAGCUCUACUCCAGCGCCACGGAUUACUUUCUGUAACUGGCGAGCCCAGGUCACAGCAGGUUAGUGCUGGAAAGUUUAAGGGCCCAGUUCUCUGUGCUCAGCCUUUAGUCACAGAUUAGAAACACUUCUCAAUGAGUGUUAUAUUCAGCCUCUAACCUCAUGCAUGAUUCAUAAUAGCUUCUUAUUGCAUAAGUCAGUUUUUCUCACCUUUCCGUCAUU